CCUUAAAGAGGUGCGCCGAACAGGCGGCAAAGACUUUCUCUGUUCAAGAAACAGCGAGAUGAAGAGCAUCGCCAACCCGGCACCAUGGGCUCCAGGCUUCCACGGACCGCCUGCCUACUGCGACUUAUCGCGCUGUGCAUCCUCCUCUCGCACACCGCAGCUUAUUUUGGGCUGACAGGUCGAGAACCUUUGGUGUUUCUUCCCGGUCCCAUUUCCAACGAGGCUCCUAAUGGAAAGGCUCACCUGAAGCAGUGCGAGCAGAUGACCCUGACCCGGCGGCAGAAGAGGCUGUGCCGCAGGGAGCCGGGUUUGGCCGAGACGCUGCGUGAGUCCGUGCGCCUCAGCCUCCUGGAGUGCCGCUACCAGUUCAGGAAUGAGCGCUGGAACUGCAGCCUGGAUGGACGAGGGAGCUUACUGAAAAGAGCCUUCAAAGAGACCGCAUUCCUCCUGGCUGUGUCUUCGGCCGCUCUGACGCACGCCCUCGCCAAAGCCUGCAGCUCGGGACGCAUGGAGAGGUGCACUUGCGAUGACUCUCCGGGGAUCCAGCAUCGUGAGGCCUGGCAGUGGGGAAUCUGUGGAGACAACCUCAAAUACAGCACCAAGUUUAUCAAGAAGUUCCUGGGCCAGAAAAGAGUCAGCAAGGACUUACGGGCACAAGUUGACGCCCAUAACAUUAACGUUGGAAUUCGGGCUGUGAAGAGUGGACUGAAAACAACUUGCAAGUGCCACGGCGUCUCUGGUUCCUGCGCUGUCCGGACGUGUUGGAAGCAGCUUUCUCCUUUUCACGACACAGGACGCCUACUAAAAUACAAAUACGACAAUUCAGUGAAGGUCCUGAGUGUCACCAACGCCGCUACUGGGGAAACCGAACUAGCCGGCCCACGGAGACAUAGACAAAACCUACGCACUACUGAUCUGGUGUAUCUGGAGGACUCCCCUAGCUUCUGCAGGGCAUCGCGAUACUCAGCAGGGACAGGGGGGCGGACUUGUGCUAAAGACACCACCUGUCAGAGUUUAUGUUGCGGGCGAGGGUACAACACAGCCAUGAGACUCACCAGUUUAUCGUGUCACUGUCAGGUGCGCUGGUGUUGCCAUGUGGAGUGCCAAACAUGCGUCAGAGAAGAGGAAGUGUACACCUGCAAAAAUGCAUAGCCAAAGGACACAGAAAUUUAUUUGAAAAACUUCAUAAACUUUGUGGAGAUGGCUGGACAAUGUCAUGGAUUGAUUUAAAGACUAAACUGCAUGGGUCUUGCUCAAAGCACUGAAAUCUGCCUAAAAAGUGGAAUUAUUUCUGUACUGGACUGAACUGGAUGUUAAUAAUUAACAGAAAUUCAAAGUUGGGACAUUGUGUGAAACGUAUUUUUAAAAAACAUAUGCAUUUUAUUUCCUCAUGGGGAUGUUACUGCUUUUCCAAGAAUAUUUUUGAAAUAUAGCAUUAAAUCUUAUCUAUCUCCAUGGAAACAAACAGUUGAUGCCACAGGUCAGAUCAUGUGAGAGGCGACCCCACUAACAGAAAGAAUGCAUGUGUUUUUGAGCAAUAAAAGCAAACAUAAUGAAAUGCAUUGAUUAUACAUUUAAAAGUAUAUAACGUGGAACAUUCCAGGCAAAACAAUAAU